AUGAGAAAGGAGACCGCCUUUCUCCUCGUCAUCUGCUACGUCGCCUUUCACCUCUCGCAGUUAUCGCUCGAGGAUCUCGUCGCGCACCUUGAGAGCGGCAAGCAGAUCGUCGCUGGCGUGCUUGCCGAUCCGAUUGGGAAAGGCCAGGAGUACUACGACAGACUCGUCCAGACCGGCGCGGCCAAGUUCCUAGCCUUCGCCGCCGCGUCCAAGCUCAUCUCCUGGCACUUCAAGCGCUCGGCCACGUCGAGGAAAAUCGCGGCCGACAAGAAGGCCAAGUGA